UUUAUGUCCGGCACUGUACCUCUUACGGCUUAAGGUUGUUCGAGUACGACUAAUAAAUAGUAUAGUAUAGGGAAAAUCGAUGUUAAAAUUUAAUUUAAAGAAAAAUGGCAAUAUUUGAUAUUAAAUAAAACUUGACAAACAGAAUUGAUUAAAUACAAAUUUAUGAAACUUUUGAUCGUUUUGAUUACAAGAAAUCUGAAUUUAUUCGUGCCAUUGGGUUUAACCUAACUUUUAACUGAAUUUUAUACAUUCAUUAUUGCUAAACUAAACGGUGAAAUUUAUUGUUAAAGCGAACUUGAUUUUUUUUAAUGAUUACCUAUCACUUUUGAAAUUUUUAUAGAUUAAUCCUUUAAAUUCGCUAAAUGAUCGAACAACCUUAAGUUUUCGAUUGUAUGUACACCCUUAAGUUUUUGGUUGUGUGAACGGUCUUUAUCUUCCACCGUGGUUCGACUAUAUAGUAUUCUUUGGUUAAGAUUACAUGUAUACUACAAAACAAUUUAAAAUAAUUGUAAUUGUUAUAAUUAUUGAAUAACAAAUAUUUUCAAAUCAAUUUCACUAUUAAAUAUCAUUACUGAUAAAUAAAUAUUAAUGAAAAUCUGAAUAUGACUGAGCAUGCUAUUCCGUUUGAUAUUCUCGACGAUCUAAGUAGUCGUUUUAUUAUCAAUGUACCAGAAGAAGAACGAAAAGACUUAGUGCGAAUAUGUUUCCAAAUAGAAUUGGCUCAUUGGUUUUAUUUAGACUUUUACUGUGCUAACGAAGUUAGUAAACUUCGAUCCUGUACAAUGGAUGAGUUUGCUAUGCACAUAUUUCAACACAUUCCAUUCCUAAAAUCUCACGUACAGCGGUUAGAUUCUGUAUUGGAACAAUGGCGGGAAUAUAAACAAAAUGUGCCUACUUUUGGUGCAAUAGUAUUAAAUGAAGAUAUGAGCAAAGUUCUUUUAGUACAAAAUUACUGGUCUAAAAAUUCUUGGGGUUUUCCGAAAGGUAAAGUUAAUGAAGAUGAAGAUCCAUCACACUGUGCUGUGCGUGAAGUGCUAGAGGAAACAGGAUUCGAUAUCUCUGGAUUAAUAGAUAAGAAUGAAUAUAUUGAAUCUAUCAUUAAUGAUAGAUUGGUGAGGCUGUACAUUAUUUGUGGGGUACAAAAAGAUACAAAAUUUCAACCUCAAACUAGAAAAGAAAUUAAAAAUGUUGAAUGGUUUUCACUUUCUGAUCUUCCAAACACGGCUAGAGAUAUGACUCCAAAAGUUAAAAUGGGAGUUGGACCCAAUGCUUUCUUCAUGGUUGUUCCUUUUGUCAAAAGAAUGAAACGAUGGGUUCAAGAAAAAUUGCAGCGUGAUAAGCAAUCUUCUGGAAAAAAGCAUCGGCGUAAAUCUCUGGGUGAUGUUGAUCUUUCAUCUAAAAAUAAACGUCAACAGCCAUUACAAGGUUUUGGAACAUUUGAGGGAAAAAGAGGCUUAUCUAAUACAUCACCAAUACGUAAUAGACGUCAAUUAGACAAUAAAAGUUCUUUUAAAGGUAGUAAUAGUGAUAAAAGUUUAAUAAAAGUGCCAAUAAAGCGCAAUUUAUUUGGAGAACCAACUGAUGAUAAAAUAACCAAAUCUCCUUCGACUUUGGCUAAAAAGCUGAGUGAAAGUCCUCAUACUUCUAUUCCGAUCAAGACUGUUAAAGUAUCCAAACAUCCUGUAAACGGUGAUACUUUCCCAGAAAUUUAUUCAGCAUUUACUCUUUUGACCCCAAGGAAAUCUAAUAGUGAAAUGAGCGAAUUUGACUAUCGGUCUCCAUUUUGGCUAGAAUUCAAAUUUGAUAAGCCAGUGAUAAUGAAUUGUUUAGAAAAAAGUAAGUUGUUCCAAUAAAAAUAAAAAUAGAAUAAA